AUCAUCUGCAACUGUGUCAGUUGGUCCUGUCUACAGCCUGUAGUGAAGCUGUUCUGUCCCCCUUUUGCUAGGGCAUUGUCUUUUCACAAGAGUCUCACUAAGCUUCAUGGAGAAGAGUUACCCGUGUCCUGGAGUUUUUUUGAGUGUUUGAACCGAUUGGGAUCCAGCCCAUGACAGUGUCUGUGUCUGAUUACUAUGGAUAAGUGAUUGUGAAGCAGCAGUUACACAUUACCAAUCAAACUUUUUGCAUAUUUCAGGAGUAAUAAUAUGGCAGUAAUGUGACCUCAAGUCAAUAUUUGUUUAACAUUUUAAUUUGGUUAAAUCCUGGUGUUUGUGAUUGUAGCCCCUUAAGACCUAUAAUAGAACAAGUCUGCCAGACCAUAUUGUUACAGUUAUACAUGCUGUAGUACCAUUGUGUGGAAUAUUACAACCUUCAGAACCCUAAUUAUCAUAAUAUGUAUGAAGGUAAUCCAUAGUAACUACAUAAGGUAGCUAAAGAGUGCACUAACCCACAGAGAAAUUGAAAACCAUUUUCUGUAUCUACAUAUUAUGCUAGAUACAGAAACGCCAUAGCUGUACAUGCAAAUGCACAUGAUAAAGUGCAUGGAGUACAUGUUGUUGUUAGCACUUUCUAUGUGAUUUUUGCGAACCCAUUAGAGGAAGAAUACAGCACUCUGGGACACGUUGAAUGCAAUAUAUGUAAGUGUAAAUCCUUUGGUUUUAUAUGCAAAAAGACUAGAGGCUCUAUCAUAUGUGGUUUCAAUUUUACCAGCAUUUAAAAGCAGUCAGGAGACCAAAGACCGAAAGCUGCUAAUAGACUGUUUAAUUCAUUGUUAAAUGUGUUUAGUUCAUUUGUGGAUGUAAAAAUAUUUAGAGAUGACAGUUUUCUGGUUUUGAGUUGUGUCUGUUUAAAAUGCAGUUGUUUUAUUCUGUAACCUACGAUGUAAACUGAUGUGCAACUCUUGAGAAAUGUAACUACACGUCAGGUCAACGCAGCCUGCAACAAUUGUGAUUACUGCGUGGGGUUCACAGGGGAUAUGUAUGUAGGUCCGGCAAAGACCCAAUGCAGUCUAAAUCGGGUCCUCUUUAUUUUUUAGAGCCCUCUUUAAAUGGAUUGGGGAAGUUAAAAAGAGCCACAGCCCACUCCUCAGCAUGCACACACAUUUUAACACAGCAAAAAUUACACAACAUCCAGAACCGGAGUGAACAUGCUGCAAAACUUCAAACUGAUCGUAACUGUGUCAAUAAAGUGUCGUAAAUUUCCAACAAUGUGGGACAAAUAGGAUUAUCUUAUCUCAUCUUAAAGCCAUAAAUGCUGCCAAACUGCUCAGUGUAUGAGAGCUACUCCCUUUUUUCAACACACAGUCAACCUCUGACAGCAUAUUUCCUUGUUCCUCCCCUUUCGCAGAUCUGCUAGCUCAGGGAUUGGUGAAAUGACUAUACUUAAAAGUGCAGAGUGCAAGAGAUUAUUCACUGCUGUUGACAGGAGAAAUGGCAAAGAAAGGAGUUCAGUUAGACCGAGAAACCUUCUCUUGUUCGAUCUGUUUGGAUCUACUGAAGGAUCCGGUGACUAUUCCCUGUGGACACAGCUACUGCAUGAAUUGCGUUAAAAGACAUUUUGAUGAAGAGGACAGGAAGGGAAUCAACAGCUGCCCUCAAUGCAGGAAGACUUUCAUACCGAGGCCUGUCCUGGAGAAAAACAUCAUGUUAGCUGAGUUAGUGGAGGAGCUGAAGAAGACUGGACUCCAAGCUGCUCCAGCUGAUCACUGCUAUGCUGGACCUGAAGAUGUGGCCUGUGAUGUCUGCACUGGGAGGAAACUGAAAGCCAUCAAGUCCUGUUUAUCUUGUCCAGCAUCUUACUGUGAGAAACACCUCCAACCUCACUAUGAUGCAGCUCCAUUAAAGAAACACAAGCUGGUGGCCCCCUCCAAGAAGCUCCAGGAGAACAUCUGCUCUCGUCAUGAUGAGGUGAUGAAGAUUUUCUGUCGUACUGAUCAGCAGAGUAUCUGUUAUCUCUGCACAAUGGAUGAACAUAAAGGCCAUGAAACAGUCCCAGCUGCAGCAGAAAGGACUGAGAAGCAGAAGGAGCUCGAGGUGAGACGACUAAACAUCCAACAGAGAAUCCAGGACCGAGAGAAAGAUGUGAAGCUGCUUCAGCAGGAGGUGGAGGCCAUCAAUGGCUCUGCUGAUAAAGCAGUGGAGGACAGUGAGAAGAUGUUGACUGAGCUGAUCCGUCUGAUCCAGAAAAGAAGCUCUGAUGUGAAGCAGCAGGUCAGAUCCCAGCAGGAAACUGAAGUGAGUCGAGUCAAAGAGCUUCAGGAGAAGCUGGAGCAGGAGAUCGCUGAGCUGAAGAGGAAAGACGCCGAGCUGGAGCAGCUCUCACACACAGAGGAUCACAACCAGUUUCUACACAACUACCCCUCACUGUCAGCACUCAGUGAGUCUACACACUCAUCCAGCAUCAAUAUUGGUCCUCUGAGGUACUUUGAGGAUGUGACAGCAGCUGUGUCAGAGACCAGAGAUAAACUACAGGACAUCCUGAGAGAGGAAUGGACAAACAUCUCACUGAGAGUCACUGAAGAGGAUGUUUUACUGUCACCAUCAGAGCCAAAGAGCAGAGCUGAAUUCUUAAAAUAUUCACAUGAAAUCACACUGGAUCCAAACACAGCACACAGACAGCUGUUAUUAUCUGAGGGGAACAGAAAAGUAACAUUAAUGAAACAACAACAGUCUUUUUCUAAUUGUUCAGACAGAUUUACUGGAUGUUAUCAGGUCCUGAGUAGAGAGAGUCUGACUGGACGUUGUUACUGGGAGGUGGAGUGGAGAGGGAGAGGAGUUUAUGUAGCAGUCACAUACAAGAAUAUCAGCAGAGCAGGGCUCUCAAAUGAAUGUGGAUUUGGAUACAAUGACAAGUCUUGGGCAUUACACUGUGAUGCAAACAAUUACACAUUUCGGUACAAUAAAAUCCACACUGACCUCUCAGGUCCUCGGUCCUCCAGAGUAGGAGUGUACCUGGAUCACAGAGCAGGUAUUCUGUCUUUCUACAGCGUCUCUGAAACCAUGACUCUCCUCCACAGAGUCCAGACCACAUUCACUCAGCCGCUCUAUGCUGGACUUUGGAUUUGGGGAGAUGGAGACACUGCAGAGUUGAUUAAAGUCAGAUAGACAGAGAAGAUAGGUUCAUGUUGAUCCUGACCAUUAUAUGUACUUGUGUAGUUUCUAAAUGAGGCUUUACAUUUUAGAAGCUGAGAAGUUCAGUGGUCCAUUGAUGUCUGAAAAUAAUAUUGCACUGAUUCAAACUGUACUUACAUUUAUAUACCUUACAUCAAUAUAAAUCUGGAUCUGUUCUUAUGGCUGAUAAUCAUGUGAGUUUCAAUUAUACUACUCUUCAUAUUCAGCAUGUUUUCAGUCUUGAAUCAGUCUGGUUAGUGGUUUUAUUCUGUAGUUGCUGUAGUGGGUUGUCAAAUGCAAAGAAUCCAUUGGAGCUGCAGUGAUUCAUCAGUUAGUCGAUGAUUAGAGAAUUGAUUGUU